AUGGAGGUUGUCAAGGGGGGGCAUUUGCUUUUACUCCUAUCACUCACUAUUCUUUUGUUAUCCAUUGUUCCACGCCAUUAUGGUUCAAUGGAGUAUGAGGUCAAGAGGGGCGUUCCCCGUGGCCCAAAUCAAGCACAGCCACCUCUUUUACGCUCUCCACCGAAAGGAUUGAAGGGUUUUGAGGAUGAUGGCAUUAAACCUUCAACGGAGUAUGAGUUCAAGAGGCUUGUUCCUUCGGACCCAAAUCGAGCCGACCCACCCCUUUUCCGCUCUCCUCCUAGAGUGUUGAAGGAUUUUGAGGUUGAUGGGAUUAAACCUUCAAUGGAGUAUGAGAUCAAGAGACUCAUUCCAACGGGCCCAAACCCUAAACAGCCUCCUGUAAUAUCUGAGAGACGUAAAUUUUUGAAAUUUCAAGUAGCACGAGGCCGUUUUCGAAAACUAUUGGGUUUGAAUCCAAGAGACUCGUUGGCCCAAACCUUGAACAACCUCUUGUGA